UGCAGGUGAAACCUGUAUUUACAUAAAACAAGAAAGUGAGAUGCAAGUUCCAGAUGAAGGUGAGCUUGUUCUGGUGAAACAGGAAAGCGAGAUGGUAAUCUCAGAUGAAGGUGAAACCUGUAGUCACAUAAAACAAGAAAGCGAGAUGCAAGUUCCAGAUGAAGAUGAGCUCGUUCUGGUGAAACAGGAAAGCGAGAUGCUAGUAUCCGAUGAAGGUGGAACCCAUGUUCAAAUAAAACAAGAAAGCGAGAUGAAGGUGAUUAAAUUAAUGUGAGCUUGUUCCGGUGAAACAGGAAAGCGAGAUGCUAAUCUCAGAUGAAGAUGAAACCAGUGUUCACAUAAAACAAGAAAGCGAGAUACAAGUUCCAGAUGAAGAUGAGCUCGUUCCGGUGAAACAAGAAAGCGAGAUGCUAGCCUCAGAUGAAGAUGGACUCGCUACCACACAGAUGAAACAAGAACUGCUCCUCCUGAACAAAGAUUUAAGUAACUGGAAUCUUUCCUUAAUGGAAAAAAUGGUUGUUGAAACGGAUCCUUCUUGUACAAGUCAUUUUGGGUUUCCUGCAUUUAAUAAAAUGUUUGAAGAAACCAAGCCUUCAUGUACAAGUCGUUUUGGGUUUCCUGCAUUAAAUAAAAUUUUUGAAGAAACCAAGCCUUCAUAUUUAAGUAACUGGAAUGUUUCGUUAAUGGAAGAAAUGACUGUUGAAAUAGACCCUACUUCGCAGAUUCUGAAACUGUGCGAAGACUUUGACGUAAUGGAAAAUAUUUUUUGUAACAAAACAAAUAUUCCACUAGCUAUACAUGAUCCAGUAAUCCGGUUUUUGACCGAUUCUCCAUCUCCAUUCAGUGUUAAAAGAAAGAGAAAAAGACUCAAACUUCAGCUACAAAAUUCAACAUCUUACCUACCUGAGGUGCGAAAAGUUAAAAUGGUAUAUUUAAGAGAGAAGCUAGACAUUUUUAAGACAGUAGAAGAGAGGAAGUUGAAGCUAAUAGAAGACAAGAUCAUUGCAGAUCGUGA